AUGGUUUUUUCAAAGAUUAAAGAAUUAGCAACACUAAAUAAAAUCAAAUUAAUCAAUGUUAAAAGUGAAAUAAUAACUGAUGGAGGUGGCGAUGGAAAUGCUGUUUUUCAAAAUCAAAUACAUGCAAAAACAUAUGGAAUUUAUUUUUUGGUUGAAUUUGAAGUGUGCGAGCCUGAUUCAAUUAUCAAAAGUCUUAAGAUUAUGAUUAAUGAGGCAAUUAGACGAGAAGUAGGAGGUUUUUUUGAAAGGGUAGAGAAAAACCGAAAUAUUCAUGUUUUAUUCAAAGGAAUUGUCAAUUAUGCAAAAAUAAACCAACAACAAGAGAUAAAUGUAGAAAUAAAUAGUUUUUUGAAAUUUUCUGAUAAAAGUAAAAAUUAUCCUGAAUUAUUGUUUGUAUGGAAUUUGAACUUAACUCCAUUAGGUCGUGUUAUAAUUACUGACUUGAGGUUAAUACCAAUUAUGUCACAUCAAUGGAAGACAUUAGAUGAAUUUAAUAUAAUUGAUCAAAUACCAAAUCAUUUUCAACAACUUGUAGAGGUUAAAGGUGUUCAAUUCGCUGUUGAAAUAAUUGUUAAAAUUGUAUUUGGGUUGAAUAAGAAAACAUAG